AUGCAGCCCUAUCUGGUGCGAAGCCACUGGGGAGAUAUGCUCACCGUGCUCUCGCCCACAGAAAGGGAGCGCUUCGCGUCGGAUGUCUUGAAGGUCGUUGCACAGCAAGGCAUCCCACUGGAAGCUGAUGCUCCGCUGUGGAAGCAGAACUUCUAUGACUACCUGAAGUUCCCAGAGACCUUGGAGCUGUCACGCUUGGUCGCCUGCUGUGCGGCCGCACUGCCGGAAGGUUCCACCCAAAUCGCCCAGGAGAUGCCGACCUCCUUCGAGGGUUUGAGGUCAAUGGCACGAAAGGUGCUUCUGCAGCGUCGGCGCGUGGACCGGCGCGUGUCGUCGCGCUCCUGCGGCUUCCAUGGCCGCACCACUGGCGCCCGGUUCACGGCGAGAAAGUGGCUGGAGGCGGCACUCCAGGGGCAGGACUUGAUGUCCGACCACGACUCAGAGGCUAGCACCAAGGGAUCCUUGAGUGGAAUGGUCUGGAAGUCCAUGGGCCACUGGCGGAUGGAGACAGAUCCCUCGAAGCCCAACUACCGCGUGGUCUUCCUGGAGUGUCGAGGCAAAGACUUGUGCCCCUUCAAUUGCACUCUCGCCUGGUCCCACGCGGGACGUUUGCAGUGUCAAAAUGACACCUGGCAGGCGGAUGACCCGAACGACCUGCCCCGGUGCAUUGCACCGUGCUUGGCAGAGACCUUGGCAAAUGGAUACGGUGAGCGCGCCGACGUGCUGGGCUACUUGCCGGGCUUUUGGGCCUCCCCCGAGACGCCGCCCACCACGACUACCACGGGGAUGCCCUGUGACACGGUGGGCGCGCAAUCCUGCUUGCAGACCGUGGUGGCCAUCACCGAUAUCCAGGAGUUCUGCGCGCGGCUGCCCACGGCCGUCGAGUGCCUCAAGGUCGCUGGCUGCUGCCAACAGGCACAGGGUACCAUCGUUGGCAGCAUCGACAGCUGCGCCACCGGCGGCUACACUGUGGAGGAUCCGUGCACCAACGACAUGGAAGCGCAAUGCCGCGUGACUUGUGCACCUGGGUUGGUUGGCGCAGAGGCCAACAAUGCGAGCUGCACGAGUCUGAAACGGACGCCUUUCUGCAUGCGGAGUCAGAGCUGUUGUCCAUACUGGUCUACGUUGGGUCUCGACACCUUAGCCUCCAACUGCACGGCUUUGGGCUAUGACAUCUCCGAUGCCUGUGGAGCGAGCAACUCCUUCCUGGUGGCCAACGAGGGUGCGGAGGUGCGCGUGACGUGUCAAAGCCCGCGCUACGCCAACGGCUCGAGUCAUGAGGACUACCUUUGUCAGAACAGCAGCUUUGAGUUGACGCCACCGUCUCAGAGCAAGCUGCAAUGUGUGGAUCCGCCCUGUGCUUUGGCCAGAAACGCCAAUGGCACCUACCAGUGCUUUUUGGAUGGACAACUGCUCUCCUUGGCAGACGCUGCUGUGAUGCAAGUUCCACUUGGGACAUCUUGUACCUUGCAGUGUAGCAAAAGCUUCGAAGUGCCAACUCCUCCGAUGGAACUCCACUGUGCCUACGUUGAGAGCGAUUUCAGUGACAUCAUCUACAGGGAUCCCUUGAUGGUGACCAGUACAGGUGUCCCACGCAUGGUGGAGCGCCUCGCCGAUGGUUCUCUAAGACCUGCGGUGCCACAGGUGUGCGAGAUCAUGACUUGUCCGUUGCCCUCGGUGCAGGGACUCCCUGCGGUGGUGGCGGGCAACAUGCCCCAGGCCAAUGCGUCGGGCGAGAUUCUCUACAUCGAGUGUGACGGCCUCUCUCAGUUUGCUCGAUGCUCCCCGGUGUGUGCAUAUGGCUACGAAGUGGACAGCCUCCGCUACCUGCUCUGCGACACCGGCACCUUCCAGGGCGAAGUCCGCUGCGUGAAACAGCGUUGUGCAGGCUCUGCUCCCUGGCCUUUCGGCACAUCGGGCUCCUUGUCGAGCUGCACAGAUGGCCUCCAUGGCCAAUUCUGCGAGGUGCUUUGUGCCGCGGGCUACACGCGAGAUAGCAACCUGGCCUCCUACCAAUGCGAGGCAGGGCAGUGGAUGGUGCCCACAACACCGCCUUGCAUUGAAAGUUCCUGCUUUGCCGCUCCCGUGCUGGAGAAUGCACAAAGACUACAGGCCUGUGCGAACCGACCCGCCGGCUACGAGUGCAACGUGACUUGCUUGUCGGGCUAUCAGCCAGUGGGCAGCUUGCGGUGUGUCCGAGGCGCCUAUGAGCUCAGUGGCUUGGGCUGUGUGGCCAGCGCUGUGGCCACACGCACUGCGCAGGUGGCUGCCGCCCAGGUCGUCCUCGUCUCUGUCUCUGAGGCAGAGGCCAACACCACCCGAGGUCGCGUGGAGCGCUCCGCGCGGGGCCUCCUGGGCCUCGACGCCACGGUGACGCCGGCGCAGCUGGCGACGCUGGUGGCCGAGGAGGUCCCCAGCAUUUCUCCGCUCGACCGCGCCUUGGCGCUCGCCGCGCUGCAGCAGCUCUCGCCCGAGGCCGCGCUUCGCGCGGCGCUCCGCACGCUGCUGACAGCGGCGAUUAUUCCGGAGGUUGAGGCCAUUUUCCCAGUGGUUGAGGUGGCGCUCACGCGCCUGGACGCCCAUGGCGUCUGGGCCAAUGCUUCGGAGGUCUUAGUGCAGAGCAGCCCCUUGGCUCUCGCGGUAUUCGUCGAAGGGGAGCGAGGUUCAUUGACCUCAUCAGGCUCCUGGUACUCACUCGUUCCAUCCAGAUCGACCUCACCAGCUCAAGCUGCCCAACCCCCUCACCGUCGCCCGGAGCGACCGGUAGAGACGGAGACCGACGGCGCGUCCUUGGCGGCGGCCGUGCUGGGCGGUGCGGAGCUGGAGCGAAUCCAGGCGGCCUUUCGAGCCAAGGCACUGGAGGCGAUCCAUGUGGGAGACUUGAAACCGGGCAUCGAGCUGGAGUUGAUCUCUGCCUUGGAUUUGCAAACGAUCACGUGGAGCCACGUGCCAGAGAGCUUGCCACAGACGGAGAUGGACGCCUUGCACCUGGCCUUGGUCUCACGCUUUGGACAGCUGCUUGAGAGUUCUGCGGGAACGAGCGUGCCGAGCGACUUCGACGCGCAGUGGGCAGACCACGCAUCGAGCGUCGCAGCGCUUGGGGCCUUGGCGUCUCGGGUGACGUCGCUGGGUGGCUCUAUGGAGCUGGUGGCGGCGCUGGCCAUGCAGGGCUUUUGGACCGUUUGCGCCGACACCCUCCUCCGCUGCCAACGCCAGGAGGAGAGGCGUUGGAUAGAAGCUGGGCGCGCCAGCGCGCAGCUGGCGAAAUGGCGCCCAGGCUUCCUCAACGCCGCAGAAAUCGCCGCCGCCGUGCCGCGGGUCAGCGGUGGCGGGGCUUACCUCCUGGCCGGCGCGUUGUCGACCUUUGGGGUCGAGGAACAGGACUGCCAAGUGGAAGAUGCUGUGUGGUUCAAGGAGCUGAGAACGGAGAACUACUACAACGGAGAACUACUACUAUAG